AUGUUUUGUGCAAACUGUGGUAAAUCAUGCGUGUCCAACGCAAAAUAUUGUCAUAACUGUGGAAGCAAAGUGAGUGAAAGUAAUGCCAAAGAAGUAAGUACACCAAAGGAAAACGGCGAAAGCAGCGGGGGAGACGCCAAAGUAACAGAAACAACUUCCAGGCGGAUGUCCUUUGCUCAAUUUCGAGCAUACAAGGAAGAAGAUCGAGCAAAACAUUUCACCAAAAAGAAUGGGAAAAGGUUUAAGUUAGACAUCAAAGGUAAAGCAUCCUCAAAAGUGUUAACAUGUAAAAUUCAAAUUGGAAUUAUGACAAACAAAGACGGAGGUCUACGGGUUAAGAGGGGCAAUAGCGCAACUUUACCUCUGUCAGUGGCUGCAAAUAUUUCAUAUGACGAUCUGUUGACAAAAGCAGCAGAAAAACACCAUCGUUUUAAUAAAGACUUGAUUAAGAAUGAAGAAAAGAAAUUCUAUUGUCUUCUUUACGCGGACAAGACCAAAGCAGAGUCGCUGCCUGGCUCUGAUGAGCCGUUCACGUUACAAAGAUACAAGGAAGAAAUCGGAAAACCAUAUUCGAAGAUUGUUUUAUAUUUGUGCCGUUGGGCGGAAUAUUAUUCAGCACGUUUGAAUGAACUUUAUAGUUCGGGCAACGAAAACAGCGACGCCGAUGAGUCUGUUGAAAAGCAAGUAGAAAACAAAGAUAGUUCGCAAACAGUAAGUACAUUCAUUAUUUGCUUUGUACAUCAUUGUUUUGCACUUUUGCUGUCGAGACCAAACCUGAAUAAAAAGUCAAAACAUUGUGUAUUGAAGUCAGUCUCACUUCCUAUUGCCUCAGAUUAUCCGUAACAAUUCCUCAAAUUCAGUAAAAUUUCCAUAAACGUGGGCAGGGCCUCUGAAUUUUUGUCUCAUUCUGUAAUUAGGAUGUUGAGCAGCAUCGUUGAAAUUAUUCGCUUAAAAUUCCUUAAAAAUCACUUCUAAUAGAUGUCCAAAUGCCCUGCUUAAAAGUGAGAGUGCUGAUUGAAAUAUUUAGUGGAUAUUUAGAACCUCCACUUUUAAAAUUCCAUUUUCCUUCGUUCUUGAGCAUUAUUUGGAAAUAGUUUAUUGUUUAAAAUGCUUAUAGUUUGUCUUGUUGAUGGGAGAAUAAAACAUGCACUGUAUGUGAGGGAAACAUAAUAUUGUAUAGCAUGGGCAUGUAUUUUAAUAAAAUUACCUGUCAAUCCUGAGUAAAAUCAUGUCAGUGAGAAACUGUACGCAUCACCUCUUGUUUUCAUUUUGCUAAAUUUGUUAAUCAGAAACACACUGCCCGGCCAUGGGCUGCUAUCAAUAAGCAAACAACAGUCUUGGGGAUGACACCUGUCAUCAACUUGUUGUUGCAUAUAUACCUUUCCUCCUCAGGCUUCACAUAUGGUAUUGAAACAUGUUGAUUUUAAUUUUCAAUGAUUGCCUUGACAUAACAGGAUAUAAGCUACCUAUAAAACUACCACAGUAUAUGAUAUCACAAUUAUAUAAAGUUGUUUUAGUUAGUUCUUGAUAGAAUGUUGUUACUUUUAUUAAUAGCCUGUUCAUGCUGAAGGCUUGCAGGAAGAACCACUUGAAAGGUUAGUAUUUAUACUUACAGUAUCAUACAAUACUGUAAUUUGGUAUUAAUUGAAUUGUUGGACACUUAUUAUUAGGAGGGCUGAAAACUAGGAGAUGGGGCAAGCCCCACUAGCCCCCUGUUGUGUUCCCCCUGUUAUCCAAUACUACAAUGCCCAUGUGUUAUUUGUUUGACCAGCAAAACAAUCUGCAUUAGGCUGUUAGAGAGUGCACACAUAUUUCAAAGAAACAUCGGGUAAUAAGUGGCCAUUAGAUUCAGUGGCCAACUGGCCAUACUCUGAAAAAAGUUAGCGUUGGUACAGGUUGGUCAGAACACAUGAUCACAGAUCAACAUUGAUUACGAGUAUAAUCAAUUGGCACAAACAAGUAUGAAAAAGUAAGGUACUGUAGGUAAGAAAACUAUUACAACUGCCCACAUUAAAAAAUGAGAGUGUGUAGAUAAGGGGUGGACCAUUAGAUACCCUGGGAAGGGGGAGGGAAAUUUUCCCUGUAAGAAUUUUUUUUGAGUGCAAAGCUUUGUCGGAAUUUUUUUUUCGGAGUAGAAGCUGUGCAGGAAUUUUUUUUGAAAGCCCCCAAGCAACUAUAUUGGCACGAAACUUCUGUAUUGAGCAAUUGUAUGAAAGUUUAGUAUAGUAUAAAAAAUUCGUUUCAUAGAAAUUAUUGUCAAGCGUAAGUACAAGAAAUACCUUAACAUUCUUUCUUGUGUGGAAAUUAGUUCAUUCCAGAACGAUGAAGGUAUUAUUUUCUCAUUCAAUCUCAUAUUUAAAAAAAACGUCUGGUACAACCCUACUACAGUAUUCAUUAGUUUGUUUAAUUAAUAUUAAUGAUAGUGUACACAUAUAUAUGCAGACUCAUAACUAGGAUUUUAGAUUUACUGAGUCGAGUUGGGGCAUGCUCCCCCAGAAAAUGUUUGAUUUUCUAAGGCUUAGAAAUGUUGUUUCCUGCAUUUUGGGAGCAAUUUUAACAAAAAACAGUUAUGAGAAGCAGUGACACAAUGACUAAUUUCAUAGUCUUCCUGCAUUCUGGGAGCAGUUUUACAGAAAAAAUCAAUAUCAUAAACAGUGACACAAUGACUAUAAUUUCAUAGUGCGUCUCACAAUUGUACUACAAGUAUCCAAGCAUAAGAAUUCAAGUACUCUUGGUCCAACACAAUCAGGUGUGAUGCAUAUUAAAAUUGAUGGGUAGGUGGCACAUAUGACCCCCCCCCCCAAUCAGAUCAUGCUGGAUCCAUUCCUGUCACUAAUUGAAUAAAUUCAUCCUGUUUUGUAUUUUUUCACAAAAAAUCUCAUAGCUAGUUACGGGUCUGAUAUGCUCUGUAUAUAAACUCGUUUUCAGGGGGGUGAAUAGGGGUAUAGAAACCCAUCGAUCCACCCAAAUUUGAAGUAAAAUCUGUGAUCGACAAUGGUCUUGUCUAAAUUUGAAUGCGCUAAAAGCUCUACAAUGAAGUCACAAUACAGGAUCCAAACUAAAUUGCAAGCUAAAUCCACAAUCCGAUCCAAAAUAUUAAAUAAAUCCGCAAUCCACUGUAUUAAUUAACAAGAUCCGCAAAUCCGUGUAAAAUAUUUGCUAGAUCCAAUAUCUGAACAAUUUUUUCUGUGAAAUCCGACGAUCCGAAAACCUAUUCACCCCCCCCCCUUUCAAUCUAUAAUUUAAUUGACGUUUAAUAUUAAAUGUAUCACAAGUACUGUAAGGUUAUAAAUAUCUCAAAAUGAGCCAUAGUGUUAGCUACUUAAACUGCCCGCUCUCAAUAAGUUUCACUUGGAUUUCUCAUGAAGUUGCAUGAAUUUUUUUUUCUUUCCCCAACUGCUUGCAGGAUUUUUUCCCCUAGUCCAACUCCUUGUAUGAAUUUUUUUGAUCUGACACCCCCACCCCCACCCCCCCUCCCAGGAUAUCUAAUGGUCCAACCCUAGGGAGUAACUGCAGUGCAAGAUUUUUUGCUAGGCCUUAUUAUUGUUAUUUUGUAGUCAUAUUGAGAUAGAGGAGACUGGUGGAGAGGCAAGUACAUCAACAGAUGCAAUGUAUGCAUCUUGGUUACUUGAUGACACCACUGAAUAUACAUGUGUUAGCAGUGGAUCAGAGACAGAAGAGAAAAUUUUUGAAGAGCCAGCUGCUGCAGUUGAAAAUAAGAAAAAGAGCCUUUACCAAAUUUUACAAGAUUUAUCUACUGUUAUUAACCAAGAUAAUAUAUGUAAAUUUAACAUCAGUCGCAAUCACAUAUGGGAAGGUAGUGUAAGGGCCUUAACUAGAAAGUCUUUCUCUCCCCAAAACAAGGUGUCAGUUAAAUUUUGUGAUGACAUUGGUAGACCUGAGGGAGCUAUAGAUCAAGGUGGUCCUAAAAGGGAGUUUUUUACUCUUGUUCUUGAAUGGAUUGUCAAUUCUCAAAUUUUCUGUGGAACUGAAAAAAAUAAGUUCCUAUCUUGCAAUGCAACAUGUCACCUCAACGAUCACUACUUUUAUGCAGGCCAAAUUAUAGCCAUGUCACUAGUACAUGGUGGUCCAGCCAUCAGAUGCUUUUCUCCAGGGUUAUAUCAUUCAUUAGUGCAUGGUGUUCGUUCUGCUUCUGUAGAUAUAAGUGAUGUUUAUGACCCUGAUUUAAGGAAUUAUUUAUUGGCAUUGAUCAAUUGUCAAUCUGUACCUGAUGCCCAGACUUGUCUUACUCAACCUUCUUUCCAGACAGUUCUCGAUUUAGCUGGUACAUUAAAGCAAGUUAAAUCUUUGGAUGACAUUCAGAUGAUUGCAAAUGAAACUGCUCGAUGGUUCCUUUUAGGAAGGGUUUGUUCAUCUUUGGAACGUUUGAAAGAUGGUUUAAAUGUUCUUGGUGUGCUUGGAGCAGUUUUUGAGAAUCCUGAUAUAUUUCGCCCUGCAUUUUGUUAUGUUCCUCAACCAUUGACAGUUGAUCUUCUUUCUUCUCUGUUUACAAAUACUACUCGAAGUGAAUUGGGAUCAAAUGCCCAUGCCAAAGAGUCUUUAAUACUUUCCUUCUGGAAUGACUACCUCCAGGAUGUCGAGGAACAUACUGUUGAUGUGAGUUUUAGAGAUAUAAUGUUUUUUUCCACUGGAUGCAAGGAUGUCCCUCCUCUUGGUUUAGACAUGUCUUUAGCUUUCUUACACAAGCCUGAAGGCAAUGGUUUGUUGUCUAAAUUUCCGAAGGCAAAUACAUGUUCAUGCAAAUUGUCUCUUCCAACUGUUCACACAACCUAUGACGAAUUUAAAGAUGCUAUUACUUUCGCUCUUUUAAAUACUAAAGGUUUUGAUGAACCAUGA